UUUUACGUUAGUUUGUGAUGUAAGAUGUUAAUUUUGUGGUGUUUUUCAGGUGUUAUGUCCCGGGUGAUAAGAGCGGCACCGUUCUUAGUGCGGUGUUCACCUCUCCUCUCCUGCCAUGCUAGACGCUGGAUCAGUAGAAAUGUUCGAGGCAGAGUUCUGGGCAUUCGUCGAGAGGACCAGAGUGUGUGGGAGAGAAGGGCUCUUCUUGGCCCAUCCCAGGUGAAGCAACUGGUCAAGGAUGGGGUCAGGGUCAUUGUACAGCCGUCUAAUCGCAGAGCUUACCCCAUGCAGGCAUACCAGAACGUUGGGGCCAAGAUACAGGAAGACCUCUCGGAGGCUCCUGUCAUUAUUGGGGUGAAACAUGUCCCCAUCGACCAACUCAUCCCUAACAGAACGUACUGCUUCUUCUCACACACCAUUAAGGCUCAAGAGGCUAAUAUGCCACUUCUUGAAGCUAUUUUGGAGAAGAACAUCCGGCUGUUGGACUACAAGCGGAUGUGUGACGAACAAGGCCAGCGCGUUGUGGCAUUUGGGAAGUAUGCUGGAGUGGCCGGCAUGAUAAACAUUCUCAAUGGUCUUGGUCUUCGUCUGUUGGCUCUUGGUCACCACACACCCUUUAUGCACAUCGGUCCGGCCCACAAUUACCACAAUACGGAAAUGGCCAGACAAUCUAUUCGCGACACAGGUUACGAGGUCUCGCUGGGGAUGAUGCCCAAAUCCAUCGGGCCUCUGACGUUUAUAUUCACGGGUACGGGCAACGUGUCUCAGGGAGCGCAGGAAAUAGUGCAAGAACUGCCACACGAGUAUGUCACCGUCAAGGCCCUCAAGAAAGUGGCAGAACAUGGAUCCACAAACAAGGUGUACGUGUGUGAGGUCAGUCGUCGGGACCAUCUGGUGAGGAAGGACGGCGGUAAAUAUGACGCGGUGGAAUACGAGGAACACCCGGAGCGCUACAUUUCUGUCUUUGCUCACAAGGUGGCGCCGUACGCCUCGGUCAUCAUCAAUGGAAUAUACUGGGCCGUUAAUUCCCCUAAGCUGCUGACCAUCCCCGACGCCAAGUACCUUCUACAGCCAGUGUAUACCCCCUGGCUGCCAGCCUCGAUGGGUUCUCCUUCACUACCUCACAGAAUGUUGGCCAUCUGCGACGUCUCAGCAGAUCCGGGCGGCUCCAUUGAAUUCAUGUCCGAGUGUACCACCAUCGACACGCCGUUCUGUUUCUACGAUGCCAAUCAGAACAAUGAAGUUAUAUUUCAUAUAAAAAUCCUCGAUAAAUGAGGGUGCACUAUACAGUAUGUUGGUAUAUAACAGACCGAGUCUGUAAAUAUUCCGGAUCAGGAUAUAGAUUUUCGGCUUUAAUGGACCGGCUUUCCCCACAAUUAUUCCAUUAUAUACUGGAGAUUUACUGUACUGUAUUCGGUUAUAUCAGUUAGAAAUUUUCAAAAUAAAAAUAUCAAUAACCAAUUUGUGUGUGCAUAUGUGAAUAAAAAUCUUAAUUACUCAAUGGGAAAAACUAAGGAGGAAAGUUGGAAAACUGGGGAUUCUGUGCUCCAAGAGUGCAUCAUUACAAUAUUCUAAUGUAACUUAGAAAUAAACAAUCUAUGAAAUAAAACUAUAAAAUAAGAAAAAUUAAGAGCAUGAGUGUAUGUGUGGGAAGUGAAUGUAUGUAUGAGAGCUGUAACUACAGCCAGCCGCACUCUCCCUCCCCUCUAUGUGAUGUCACGGCAUACAGGCUGCAGUGUAACAGUGCCAUGUUUUUAGAGUAAAUUGUGUCAGGGUUUUAGAGGAAAUAGGUAUGAAAAUCCAAUUUAGACAAUGAUUACCCGCCAUAAUGCCCCACAAGACAGUGUUCCCGCUACAGCCAUAAGUGCCUGAGAUGCCUGAAACAUGAGCCAAUCACAGUGACCUGUGAAUGUGAUGUCAUAGGCAUAAUUAUGCUGAUUGGCUGGAAGCUAGAGUGUAGUGCCCAGCUCAAUUUUAAAAUGCAGAGUCUGGUUAGAGGUGGUGAAGUGUAGAUGUGUAUGGGUCGGCAGGUUUUUUAGCAGCAUGGCGAUAUAUAUAUAUAUAUUUAAGUAAGUACCCUUAAGGGAAGCAUCCGGCUGAAAUUCUGAUGAAAAUCGGAAAAUGACUAAAAUAUUCAGAAAAAUUCCUGAGAAAAGCUGUUGCCUAUGGCUAUCUGCUGAUGUAUUUUGAUUGUGUAAUUCGAAAUAUUUAUGUAGCUAUGCAUGAUUGUUCUACCCCCCUUCAUUUAGAGGGCCAUUCUGUUUAUGUAGCAAAAGCUGUAGAAAAGUAUUUAUAGUAAUAUAUUGGUGUAAAGUGAUACCAACCACUUAGUAAAAAUCAGUAUCUAGCACCUUUCUCAGCUAGCUAACAACAGGACCAGAGUCUUACACACAGUUACCAACAAAAGAAGUGAGUGAGGUUUGACUGCCUGUCUCUCCCGUACCACCCUAUCGGCGCGUAUCUCAGAACAAGUUCUUCUAACCUUCAAAUCUCUAAGGCUUGGCCAUUUAGAAUAACAUAUUGUGCAUGACUGAACAUACAGAUUUUCUUUAUAUUUGGCUUGGAUUAUUAUUUGCUGAUUCAUAUUUUAAAUAUUUGGAUGAAAAAUGGUAAGUUAGGAAAAAAAAUUCAUGCAUCCAAAACAAAAGUGACAAUCAGAAAUAUCUAUAUGUCACGUUCAAGAGGAGUGAAUUAACUAUACUCCACAUGAAUUUCAACCUAAUCUAGCAAGAAGGUAUGAAUGAGUAGGAUUCUGAAAAUUUAUAAAAAUACAGGGGGAAAAUUAGGUGUAUCAGGGAUUACGCAGAACUGAUUCAGAGGUAUAGCAACACCGUAUCCGGUAUCCUAAAUUACUGACAGAAAAUUAAUAUUGAUUGAUCAAUUAUAAACGAAUUUUGUGCAUCAGCCGGAAGCUUCUCUUCAGGUUUUAUCGUCUUUUUCAUGUGACCCCUGUUUAACUAGCUAAGAAAACAGGUUUAUUGUUUUGAAGUGUAAUUGUCAAAACUAAUAGAAUGUGUUCAAUAAAUGAAGAACCGUUAAA